CGACUUCAUUGGCGUCUUUCUUCUUCCAGCACUCCUUCAAUUUCAUGCGUUUUCGCAGGUGAGACGUCGGAGGCGGCCUGCUAUGGGCAGUUAAUGUUUUUCUCUGUAACCCUAGAGCCACGGUAUCUUCACUGCGAAAGAUGCUAGAAGAAUGCAUCCCUAUUGAUAAAUUGAGGCUGGAAUCAAAGAAUUGUGCGAUUACAGCUCGGGUGUCGCGCCUGUGGGAUGUUUACAGCUUUAAGGAUACAAAAGACCUAAUGAGUACAGAUAUGGUGCUCAUUGAUAAGGAGGGCUCAUAUAUCCAUGCGUCCAUUAAGGGGAAUUUUGCGCAUUUGUUCCAAAACCGUAUUGCUGAAGGAAGUGUUUACUAUGUUAAGAUUUUCAGUGUUGUUCCCAAUAAGGCCCAGUAUCGUGUUGUUGGUGACAACAAGCUCAUGAUUCAAUUUUGUCCGAGUACAGUGGUUAGAUCUCUUUCGGAAGACUUCCUGGGAAUACCAACAUCAGCUCUGGGGGAAGUAUACAUUUUAACUGAUGUGGUGGGCGUAGUAUGUUGCGAGGGGGAGGUCACAAAUAAGAAUAGCCGUGGAAACAGUGUUCCUUCUUUGAUUCUUGAAUUACAUGAUCUGAGAGAUGUAAAGGUCCGGGUUACACUAUGGGGUGGGAGUGUUGAUAACUACAUGAAACAAAAAUCAUUGGUGGAGGAUAGAAUCAUUGUUGGAGUUUUCACGUCAACCUUGGUCAAGAAAUACAUGAACAAUGCUGUUUUGUCAUCAACCACAGCUACCAAGAUUUAUUUAGACCCUGACAUUGAUGAGGUUGUUGCCUUAAAAAACAAGAGCAGUUCUUCGCCAAGGGGACAUAUAAUUCAGCCGCUUAUCAUCGAGAAACAAGAGCUCGAUACACAUGCUGUUUUAAGCAAUCUGAAAACCAUUGGCGAGAUUUUAGAAAUAACAAAGACAAACUUUAAAGAUGGCACACUACUAUUUUGUGUUGCUACAAUAUAUGACAUCCACAACAAUAAUGGAUGGUACUACAACUCAUGUGGCUGCAAGGGAAUGAUUAAGGCGUACGGUCAAAGUUUUUGGUGCAAGAAGUGUAAUAAGACCGUGAAUGAUGCCAUUCCAAGAUUUCGAAUUGAGUUUGGAGUCCAGGAUGCCACAGAUUCUACGAAGUUCAUUGUCUUUGAUGACGUCGCUGAGAAGAUGAUAGGACAAUCUGCCAUUAGCAUAUAUGAUAUGCAAGAGAAACUGGAGGAGAGUGAAGCUUCUGUAGGCGAAGUACCUGCUAUUAUUGCAAACCUUAUCGGCCAACGGUUUGUUUUCCGUGUCAAGCUUACUGACUACAACAGGACUGCUUAUAGUCAGAGUUUCACAGCGAAUAAAGUUUUGGAGGAAUCAUUUUUGGAACCAACAAGGAAUGAAGAGAUAAAUGUUCCAACGGUGCUGCUGGAGACAACAGAUGAUGGUCCAAGUAAAAGAAGACAUUUAAGGAUUCAGGAAAGGUUUAUAUAGUGUUGGUGUACUGGCGAGGGGGUGAUCUUUCUAUGUACAUCGAAUAACGCAACGGAAGAAUUCCAGAACCAACUGCAGAACAUUUUAUGCAGCAGCUAGGUUCUGGAAGAAGGGAAGAGUUGGGAAUCACCUAGGGAGCCAUAUGAAGUGAAAGCCAGGACAUCUUUUCUGGUUUAAUUA